AUGGUGGACGUAUUUUGCACAAAAUACUUUCACGGGGAAGAAACGGUAACGCUUGCAACUCUGCAGGCAACCAAGCAAAGGAAUGGAGAGGAUCUGAUGGAGUACAUCAAACGGUUCAGGGGCAUAGCACUUGAUUGCUAUGAUCACUGUGAGGAGAGGACGUUGGUAGAAAUGUGCAUAACCAAUAUGAUUCGGGAGUUCAGAGAUGUCCUGGAGAAUCUGGAGAUUUCCCAAUUCGCACAGCUAUUGCAGAAAGCUAGAAAGAUGGCUCAGUCCGUGAAACCCAGUUUAGACAAGAGAAGCGCGCCGCAGGCUAUAGUGGUGUCCACUGGAAACCAGAGAAGGAAAACAGAGGGGAGGGAGUACGAUACGCCCUUACCCUUACCAUGCACUCCUAAGGAGUUGGAUGUGCUACUUGACAAAUGGAUAGUAGACGAGAUCUUUAAACCCAACCAGGUUUCUAGAGAGCCUACGGAGGAAGAAAGGAGGGAUCCUCGCUUCUACCGCUUGCACAACUAUGUACAACAUCCCACCGUAGAAUGCUGGGCGCUUCGCACGCUGGUGCACCGCAGGAUCAAAGAAGACACAUUAGAGCUGACCCAGCAGGAAGUCCAAAGAAACCCACUCCCAAACCACAAGGGAAAGGGUGUAGUAGCAGUAGUGAUAUGUGCAGACCCGAGAGAAGAAGAGGAAGAAAACUUGACCCUGCCUACCGCGGCGAUUACCACUCUUCAACAGAGUGCCAAGUUCAAAAAUCUAUUUGACCAGUUGGGACUUAUAGCAAAAGAAAGAAAAAUAGCCAUGGAGGCUUUGGUAAGCAUCACCUCCGGAGUAGGGGUGGAAUGCCUGUCAGCAGAGAUGCCAAAAGACAGGGCCCUCCUGCAAGAAUUAACAGAAAUCACAUUUAGCAGUGAAGAUAUGGAAGUGGGGCACCCAAAUCAUAGGAGGCCUCUCUAUUUAGAAGCAUCUAUAAAUCAAAUCCCCAUCAAGAGGGCCUUGGUGGAUAUAGGUACUUCCGUAAACCUUAUUCUAUUGAGCACCUUGCAAGCCGCAGGAAUUUCAAAGAAGAAGAUCCAAGAAUGCCUGAUGGAAGUAACGGGAUUCGGUGGAAGAGGUGAGUACACCGCAGGCCACAUUCAGUUAUGGUUGAAAGUAGGCCCUAUAGCCUCUCUAGCUCGCUUCCAAGUGGUCAGAAUGGAAGUAGCUUACCAUGUGCUUUUGAGAAGACCUUGGUUACACAAACACCGACUAGUCUCGUCCAACUACCACCAAUGUGUGAAGGGAAGAUUGAAUGGUAGGAUGAUAUGUAUAGCGGCGAAUCCCUCGCCGUUCGAGCAGGUAGAAGCCCAUUUGGUGAAAACCAUGUUUUAUGACCAAUGGGCUCCAUCUGGAGAAAAUUAA